AAUAUGGAGAUUCUGUACGCUGCGCUUGCAAUUUUGAGCUUGAUUUUCAUGUUGUUUUUUCGAAAAUUUCCUUAUUUCCUGCAUGACUGCAUGUUCGUAAUGAAAACUCUCAGGAUCAGGUCCAAGCGCAUGAAGUUCCGGAAGAGAGUUCCGUUCUACACAGUGCUCGACUGCUUUCUGGAUGCAGUACACAGACACCCACACAAACCCUUUAUUAUUUUUGAGGAUGAUAAUGUCUACACGUAUCUGCAGGUGGACCACUGGAGCAACAGGGCAGCACACGCACUGCGUAAACACGCCAACCUGCGAGAGGGCGAUAUAGCCACACUGCUCAUUGACAAUGAACCAAACUUCAUUUUCCUCUGGCUCGGGCUGAUGAAGAUCGGAUGUUCUACAUCGCUUCUCAACACCAACAUUCGGGGCAAAUCACUCAUGCACUGCUUCACGUGUUGUGAGGCGAAAGUGCUGAUAGCAGGGGCAGAGUAUCGCAGUGCUGUUUGUGAGGUGCUGCCGGAGUUGCAUGAACGUGGUGUGUGUGUUUUCCUGUUGUGCGAUAAUUGUGACAUGGAUGGACUCCAUUCUCUGAAAGACAAGAUAGACAACAGUGAUGACGGGCCCGUGAGUCACACACUGAGAGCGAAUGUCACAAUGAGAAGUCCUGCCAUGUACAUCUAUACAUCAGGAACUACAGGUCUCCCUAAAGCAGGGGUUAUACUUCACGAUCGAAUAUGGGCUGGCACUUUCUUCCUGUCUCUGUUUGGCGUCAAGCAUGAUGAUGUCAUCUACAUACCCCUCCCCCUUUACCAUGCUUCAGGACUGAUCAUUGGCUUGAACGGGGCAAUAGAGAGGGGAAUCACAGUGGUGUUAAAGAGGAAGUUCUCUGUGUCUCAGUUCUGGGAUGACUGCAGGAAAUACAAUGUGACGGUGAUCCAGUAUAUUGGCGAGGUCAUGCGCUACCUCUGUAACACACCCAAGAAAGAGACAGACUGGCAGCGUAAGGUGCGAAUGGCCAUUGGAAACGGACUUCGUGCUGAUGUGUGGCAAGAAUUUCAGCACAGGUUUGGUGUGAAAAACAUUAAAGAGUUCUACGCUGCGUCUGAUGGGAACAUGGGCUUCUUUAACUACGUGGGGAAAGUAAGCGCUGUGGGCAAAGUGAACUUUCUCCAAAAGAAAUUGUCUCCUCAUUCACUGAUUCAGUAUGAUCCUGAGGUACAGGGGCCGGUGCGGGACAGCAGAGGGCGCUGUGUCCCUGUCCCUACAGGUGAAACAGGGCUCCUGGUCUGUAAGAUCACUGAGAUCACUCCAUUUGCAGGAUAUGCAGGAAAUCCAGAACAAACAGAGAAGAAGAAGCUGCGUAACGUGUUUGAGGAUGGGGACGUUUAUCUGAACAGUGGAGACUUGAUGAGGAUGGACCACCAUGGCUUUGUGUACUUCCAGGACCGGGUUGGAGACACUUUCAGAUGGAAAGGAGAGAACGUGGCCACGACUGAAGUGGCUGACAUUAUUUCAGUGCUGGAUUUUGUUGAAGAUGUGACUGUGUACGGUGUUGAGGUUCCAGGUCAUGAGGGGCGUGUCGGCAUGGCAGCAUUGACAAUAAAGGAGCAGCAAGAGUUUGAUUGCAAAAAAGCUUUCAAUCAUGUCACCAACUUCCUGCCUGCAUACGCCCAGCCACGCUUCAUACGCAUCCUGAGGAGCAUGGAGCUGACUGGGACAUUUAAACAGGUGAAAAUGUCUCUAAUGAAGGAUGGAUUUGAUCCUGGGAAAAUGAGUCUGCCCAUCUACUUUCUGCAGGAGAGCAGCAAGAGCUACGUCGCCCUCACACACAUGCACUACAACGCUAUCAUAUCAGGGGAGAUCAGAAUCUGA